AUGAAGAGGAGGACGGGGAAGCAGGCGUCCACGUGUACCAAGACGUGUUCCCGUCAAAGAAUGGGACAAUCGAAUGGUCAUCAGUACCCCUGGGUGAACCAGCUCAAGCUAGAGAGACUUGUCUUGGUAGCGACCAAUCGAGAGGGUUCAAGAAAGCACAGUGCGAGGACCUGGAAACCGAUGAACGAAACGGACUUGAGGGCCUAUGUGGGUCUGUUGAUUCUGGCGGGCAUGUACAGGUCAUGGGGUGAAGCGGCCGUGAGCCUGUGGAACGCAGAGUUCGGAAGGGCAAUUUUCAGAGCGACCAUGUCCCUGAAAGACUUCUACCGCUACUCGAAAACACUGAGGUUUGACGAUCGGGAGUCAAGGCACGUCGGUGGGAGAUCCUCGGACAAAUUGGCCGCUAUCCGAGAGGUGUGGGACAUGUGGUGCGAGCGGCUGCCUGCCCUCUACAAUCCGGGGCCCGAUGUUACGGUGGACGAACGAAUUGUUCCUUUCAAGGGCCGAUGUUCCUUCCUUCAGUACAUGCCCAUGAAACCGGCUAAGUACGGACUCAAACUGUGGGUAGCGUGCAAAGCGAAAACUAGCUACGCGUGGAGGAUGCAGGCGUACACUGGCAGACAAGAUGCCUCGGCCACAGCAAGGGAGAGGAACCUAGCCUUGCGGGUCGUGCUAGAUCUGACCCAGGGACUGGAGCAUCGAAUGGUUACGUGCGAUAACUUCUUCACGUCGUAUGAGCUCGCUCGCGUGCUCCGCAACAACAACAUCACUAAGCUGGUGUCCGUGCACGGGCGGCAGGUGUUCUCCUCCAGGUUCGCUUUGUCCGAACUGGCCACCCUUGUAUCCUACGUGCCCAAAAGGGGCAAAACCGUACUGCUCCUGAGUAUCGGUCACCCGAGACCCAAGAUCGACAGCCAGCGCAAGGACAGGAAGCCACAUUUGAUCCUGGAUUAUAACCGCACGAAAGGCGGCGUGGACAACCUGGACAAGGUGCUUGCUGGUUACAGCUGCAGGAGAAUGACUGAGCGCUGGCCAGUCGCCCUGUUCCACAACAUCAUAGACGUGUCUGCAUACAACGCGUACGUGAUAUGGAGAGAAACGCAUCCGGAAUGGAUGCCCGGGAAGCGAAAUCGCAGGAGGCUUUUCUUAGAGCAGCUGGGCAAGGACCUGUUCACACCGCUCAUAAUGCGUAGGGAACACGCACCUCGCGCAGAGCCCGUGUACGCGUUGAUGAGCGCGGUCCGAGAGGCCUGCUCAGAUGCUACGGCCCCACAGCGUUCGGAAAAGAGAAAACGGUGCCAACUGUGUCCGAGGACAGAUACUGGGGCAACACAUAACAAAGCAUACAGGUAUAAUAUGACAAAGGAAACAGGCCGCCCUGCAGUAGUGUCCACUUACACAGACCUAUCCGCGGUCCGCUGUAAACUUGAGCUGUACCUGACUCUGCUGUCGCGGAGGCUAUUGCUCUUCUUCCGCCUCAUACACAACCAGCAGCAAAGCACACAGCACGCACAGCUACCGACCAGGACCAAGGCGACCGCCGAGAGUGCCACGUACAGCCCGUAG